AUGCCACGAUACGGAUUUGGACAUUAUCUUGACGCUAGAGAGAUGGUCAAGAGAACUGACCAGCUCAUUGUCGCUUCUCAGUUAUGUUUUCCUGAAGAAGAAGUAUCGGAAAUCAGUAUGAUUUGUACUCUCUUGAUGGGUAUGUCUUGUCAUUAUACAGAACAAGCUACGAGAGGUUGGAUCUUGAUUAAUGAGAGUAUUCAGUGCUGCCGCUUUCUAGGAUUGGGUGAAAGAAGAGGUUACACCGGAAAACCUCCUGUCACAGCGGAGAUCUGCAAGAGGGCAUUUUGGAUGCUGUACAUCAUUCAGAUACAUGACCGGCUAUCACAUCUAACUCCAGACACACUUCUUGGUCAAGAUCCUACAAUGACAGACUGGAUAUUUCUUAUGCCUCUAGAACUCGACGAUGAACAUUUACCAAAUACCAGUCGCGAGUCCGAUGACAUUGAAAGUGAAAAUGCGACAGCCCCACUGAUAUCUGGCUUUGUGUCUCUCAUCAAAGUCUUUAUUUGUGUCAUUGGACUCUUGAACGAAGAUCACAGCCAAGCUCCAUCUCCAGGCAUAGUCUCCAAUACAAUAUCAUCGGGUGUUCCUCCCCUCACAACACUCAAGCUUCGGAACAACAGUCUCCAGAACGCAACUUUAGACUACCCUGUGAUACUACAGAGUCUGAAGAACAUUGUCUUCGAAUUUCCGCAAGAGUUACAAAGUUACACAAUACCAGAAAUGUUCUCCAACGACCAGCCUUCAUCGACGCCUCAGCUUGAUAUCAUGAAAGCCAACAUCCACAUAACACGCCUCUAUCUCAUGUCUUCCGUCCUCGAAUCCAGCGCUUCCUCUAUACCCCCAACGCGCGACGCAAUCGUCGCAAUUUGGAAUGAGCGCGAGUCCAUUUGCCGACAAUUACUGGAGGUGGUACAUCACUGUCCAUUACAGACUUUGGAGAGCAAUGGAACGAGUAUGGUAAUCAAGAUACGGGAAAUUGCAAGUACGCUUUUGACACAACCUUAUGAUUCAGAGGGUGUAGGGGUCAGUCAUGUCGUGGAAAGAUCGAGGGCAUAUAUUGAGAGUUUUAUUGGGUUACUUGCUGAGCUAGAUGUACCAGCGGAGAUGGCUGUGAUUGCGAAACAAGCCAGUACUUCGCCGACUCUGAUAUGA